GAGCGAGCCGGUGAAGCGCCGGGUUUUUACCAGAAACGGAGCCGCUCGUCUCAUGUUGAAACACCGUAAGGUCGUUUCCAGGCAGCUAACUUCGUGUCGUGGCCCAGCUAAACAGCUUGCAGACAAAGAAAGCUACUUCUUUGCCGUGAACACUGCCAGUGCCCUGGCAACCUGUCAGUGUCAGGAUGGCUGUUAAUAAAUCCAAAGUCUCAGUCGGAUUCAUAGCAGUAGGCGUCCUGACUGCGUUAUUCGGUAUCGUUCUCGUUUUUGUGGGGCCAGUAGUCAUCGAUGACCAAGUAGUAAAGAACACCAUCAUUGAUCCAAAGAAUGACCUCUCCUACACCAUGUGGAAGGACCUCCCUGUGCCCUUCUUCAUGUCCGUCUACUUUUUUCAUGUCCUCAACCCUGAGGAGAUCCUGAAUGGAGAAAAGCCCAUGGUGGAGCAGAGAGGACCGUAUGUGUACAGAAAGCAGUGUCGGAAGGAAAACAUCACUUUUCACCCCAACAGCACCGUGUCCUACAGAGAAUACCGCAGAUACUUCUUUGAGCCCUCCAUGUCGGUUGGGAACGAGUCUGACGUCAUCACCAUUCCCAACAUGUUGGUGCUGGGCGCAGCGGUGAUGCUGGAGGACCUGCCCUAUGCACUGCGGCUGUUUAUCAGCGCCACCUUCAAGACGUUCAAGGAAGGUCCCUUCCUGACCAAGACGGUGGAAGAGCUGAUGUGGGGCUAUGACAGCAAACUGGUCGAGUUCCUCAACAAGUACCUGCCGGGCAUGCUGCCGUCCACAGGAAAGUUUGGCCUCUUUGCAGAGUUUAAUAACUCCAAUACUGGUCUAUUCACCAUCCACACCGGGAGAGAUGACAUCAGAAACGUCCACAAAGUCGACUCCUGGAAUGGCCUCACUGAGCUGAGCUACUGGAGGACACCUCAGUGUAACAUGAUCAAUGGAACAGCCGGGCAGCUGUGGCCUCCUUUUAUGACAAAAGAGACCACUCUGCCUUUCUACAGCCCAGACGCCUGCAGAUCUCUGGAGCUUGUGUAUCAGCGACUAGGCGUGAUGAAAGGCAUCCCUCUGUAUCGAUAUGUCGCUCCCAAGACCAUGUUCGCGAAUGGGACGGAUUAUCUUCCAAAUGAAGGCUUCUGCCCCUGCAGACAGUCUGGGCUGCUCAACGUCAGUAGCUGCCGCUACAACUCUCCGGUCUUCAUCUCUCAUCCUCACUUCUUUAAUGCUGAUCCUGUGCUGCUGGACUACGUGCUGGGUCUUCACCCCACUGAGGAGGAGCACGGCCUUUUCAUUGACAUUCAUCCUCUCACAGGUGUCCCUCUGAAUGUCUCCAUACGUCUACAGCUUAACCUCUACAUGAAGAAAAUAUCAGGAAUUACAGAAACUGGAAAGAUUUCUGAGGUGGUGAUGCCCAUGCUGUGGUUUGAGGAGAACGGAUACAUUGAUGGACCAAUCCUCACUACGUUCCACACUAACCUGGUUAUUCUCCCUGCUGUCAUGGAGUACAUGCAGUACAUCUUCAUAGCCCUCGGCCUGCUCACCACCAUAGUGGCCGUCCUGGUGUAUUACAAAGUCAAGAGGUCUAGUAAUAGAGCAGCGACUUCUCCAUUCUUUGAGAAUUCUUGGGUUUGUACAACCGUCUCAUACAAAUCAUCCAAAUCGAGAAACAGCUUUCCAACUUAAAAUCUUUGACUUUUUAGCUUUAAUAAUCAAAUUGAUAUGAAACACAUUUUUUAAAAUUCUCUUUCCAAAUCAUUGCACAAGUUUUUGAUUGUCAGUUAAUCUGGGGCUUUAAAUGGGUAAAGAUAAAAUCGUAAGAUGGAAAAAAUGGUCCAAUGGCAGCUUUUUGAUAACUUGGAAGUCCUCAUAAUUAGGCUUGGUUUAUUAUAAAUGGACAUUUAUUUCACUGUGUAGCAAUAAACUUUUAGACGCUCACUUAUACACAGUACAAACAAUAAUUCACAUAAGGACUGGGCAUUGAACCUCCUCUCCAAUAGGAAUGGACAGUUGUCGGGUUCAACAAGGUGAGGAUUUCACCAAGUGGUGCCAAAAGGUUUUCUUUAGUUUCUGUUUCAGUAUUGUAGAUGGAAUAAUAUGGCCAGUCCUUACUUCUGUGAAAUACAGACAUUUUUGAGGGGAUCCAGGGUUCCUCUGAAAGAUCUCAUAAAUGAUCCUCCAAUAGAAUUUGUGCAUCAUAUCUUCUAUAACUAUUUUAAAUCACUGCAACAAUUUCAGAGAAAUGUGUCCUCUUUCAAUGUGCCUGAAAUUUUUAUGUAGCAAAAUGAAUCAGUUGAUUCCUUAACAUACAGAGGUGCUUCAUAAGUCAUGUAUAGACUGUUCCAAAUGACCACUCUGCCUGGAAGUCCUUCUGACUUCCAACUAAUCAUGCCUGAGAUAUAACCAAUUGCCUGCCCUUGUAAUUCACUGCAUGACAAACUCAAUUGCCCACAGAAAAUAAUCCGUGCAUGGACAAUCCCUGACAUCUCUAUCUGAAUUACAACACUAUUUUUUUUCUUUGAUAUUUUCUAAUUGGCCCGUUUGUAAGGCAAUUUGACCAUC